AUGCGGCUCGGCUUGGUGUUGGAAAACCCCUUAGCUGCUGUGAAGCUCGAAUUUCAUCCCCUGUCUCAGCACUUCCUUCAGUGGAUGAUUCCACCACCUCUCCUGCUUAGGCUGGAGCGUCGAGCCACAGUGGCUGCCAGCCUCAGCCUGCUAUCCCGAUGGCCCAUGCGCCUGGCUAUGAGCAUGUUCCAGCUCCUAUUGUUGAGCGUCCCUGCACCCGCUUCCCGGCCUGUGGCUGCCGCGCCGGGUCCUGACCUACCGUGGGUCCCUCCUGUUGCGGGCAUGGGAUAUGUGGGAGCGGGAGCAGGAGAGGCGACGGCGCCGUUCGUCCCUCCCCGACGUGCUGUUGCUGGUCCCUCUGUGGCCCCUCCUCCUUCUCUUCCGGAUCCUGCUGCACGGGCAUUUCCGUUGCAGGUCCAAGUGCCCACGGCGACGCUUGGGCAACUGUGGCGCUUGGUGGAGUGCCAGCAGGCCCUGACACUGAUUCUGGUGAAUUCACAUUCAGCCAUUCUCCGAAGCCCAGAGAGCAUUCUCGAUCCCGGGCCGAGAGCAGAUUGCUUGACGGCGGCUCCACAGUUCGCCCUCCUCCUGUUGCCCGUGCUGGCAUCUCCCGCGCAGGAAGACGUUGCUGUCUCACAGCUGGACGACACGAUCCAGGGUCUGACCCGGCACCUGCACGCUGGUGGCGGAGUUGAAGCUGUCGGUGCGACCGCGUUAGUGGUCCGACAGCUGUGGAGGACCAUGCGUGGUAUCCUCGCAGCCCUGGAUGCCCAUCUGAUGUAG